CUGGUACAUUGAUUAAAAGUAGCUUUGUUAUGUUAUUAGACAGAACUGAAGGUCUUGUUACCUGGUCGUUCAAUUCUUCGUAUUAUUUUUGCGUAUUGUAUCUGUGGGCACUGAAGUUGUGCUAUCCAACCAAACUGUUCCCACUUUGUGGCAAUCAUAAGUGCCGACUAGACAUCUCACUGAAUUUUUCACAUUUAAGCAAGAAUGCUAUUAUAGCAGCCCUGGUAAAUAAUCAGUUUCUGUGCGUUCACAACAGUCUAUCAUCACAAAUCCUGGUCUUAGAAGACAUUCAAAAGACAGAUUUAGAGAGCCACCAGCUUAUGGUCCGAUGUGUGACUUACUUUGGUCAGAUCCACUCGAAAACUUUUGUAAUGAAAAGCAUUCGGAAGACUUUACAGAUAAUAGCGUUCGGAGUUGUUCGUUUUUCUACAGUUACUGAUAUUCCAGUCAGAGUAUUGAACAUUUGUACAGAUGACGAGCUCAUAAGUGACGGAGACGCCUCCCUUGAAAAAGCUAAUAACUUUUUCUUUCUUUCUGAUUAUUUUUUUUUGUUUUGGCGUGGCCCCAAAUUUACGCAAGAAAGUUAUCAGAAAGAAGAUCAGGGCGGUUGCAAAAAUGACACGAGUAUUUCCCGUCCUCAGAGAAGAGAGCCAGACUGCCUUGGAGUUGAAAGAACUAACGCCCACGGGUUCCCUUCCAUCGGGAGCACUAUCCGGUGAUGGCAGGAUGUUUCUGAAAAAAAAGGAUGACAAAAAAUGACGGGAACAUCUGCAAGCUUCGUGGACAUACCAGUUAGGUUGGAGUAUCGCUAUCAUUGUAUUACUUUGGGCUUUUUGUGGGCAUCGUUCAUCUGGCAUCACUGACCUAAAUGCCUUCGGUAUCCCAGGUAUUGCCACAGUUAUCUUGAUAUUGAUGUUGUACAUCCGGUACCCAAGAGUAAACAAUGACCACUUUGGAAAAAAAAUAAAUCUCGGUCC